AUGAGGUCAGCCAACCAUCUAAUAGGCAUGGUCAACUUCCUCACCUUUUUGCUCUCAGUCCCAAUCCUCGGCGGAGGAAUAUGGCUAAGCAGCCGAGCCAACUCCACCGACUGUUUGCGAUUCCUCCAGUGGCCACUAAUCGUCAUCGGAAUCUCAAUCAUGGUCGUGUCACUCGCCGGAAUCGCCGGAGCUUGUUACAGUAACAAGUUUCUCAUGUGGCUGUACCUCGUCGCCAUGUUCCUCAUCAUCGCCGCCUUGAUCGGAUUCAUCAUCUUUGCGUACGCCGUCACAGACAAAGGAUCCGGUCGAACCGUGCUAAACCGGGGUUAUCUCGACUAUUAUCUUCAGGAUUAUUCCGGUUGGUUGAAAGAUCGGGUCUCUGAUGACGGUUAUUGGGGGAAAAUCAGCUCGUGUAUUAGAGAUUCCGGAGCUUGUAGGAGGAUCGGAAGGAAUUUUAACGGCGUCCCUGAAAGUGCUGAUAUGUUCUUCCAAAGAAAGCUUCACCCUGUAGAGUCCGGGUGUUGCAAGCCGCCAUCAGAUUGUGGGUUUACGUACGGUAACGAGACUUGGUGGGGACAAGGAGGAGGGAUGAUGAUAGGACCAAACCCGGACUGUACGUUGUGGAACAACGACCAGAGCAUGCUCUGUUAUCAAUGCAGCUCUUGCAAAGCCGGUAUUCUUGGGAGCUUGAAGAAGAGCUGGAGGAAAGUGUCGGUCAUCAACAUCGUGGUGCUCAUCAUUCUCGUCAUCUUCUACGUGAUCGCUUACGCUGCUUAUCGGAAUGUCAAGAGGAUUGGUAACGAUGAACCGGCCGGUGAAGCUAGGAUGACCAAAUCACAUCCUAGCCAUUUCCAUCUUUAA